AUGCAGGCUGACGACGCGCCCCCGGAAGAGAUUACGGAGGUACUGGAACAAGCCAUGUCGGACGUUGGAGCUGGACCUGAUUCUCCAGCGCCUGAUAAAGAGCCAUCUCCUACAGAAGCCGAAGAGGCCACCGAGUCCUCACCGGAUCCGGUGACUGAGGAGACUGGUUCGACGGAAGAAAGCGCUACAGUGCAACCCGUAGCAGAUAAAGAAGACGAACCACAGGCUGCUGCAGCGGAUGCAGAGCCAGCUGCGGAUGCAGAGCAAACCGAGCCCUCCGCGGACAGCACCGAAGCUGAUGCCGCUCCGACAAAUGCAGCCGAAGAGGAGCCGGCUGAAUCAUCUCCUGUUGACCCAGCUGGUGAAGAGGACAAGGAUGGAGCCUCGGAAGAGCCUCCAGCUGAACAACCGGCUGAGGAGGCUAAAACGGAUGAUGACAACUCCUCAGAAGACAAGCCAGAUGGACCCGUCGAGCAGCUAUCUCCACAGGAAAAUGAAGCUGAAAAGUUACCAGCAACGGAGGAUCUUGACCCGGGUGAGGACGGCCCCAGCGAUGACAAACCCGCUGUUGAAGACGUCGCAGCCGACGAGACACCUGCCGAUGAACAGACCGAGGAAGUAGCCGGCGGCGAUUCAGAAGAACCCCAGGACGAGGCAGCGCAACCAGAACAAGCAGAGCCUUCUGCAGACGAAGGGGGUGGUGAUGAAGUCGAAGCUUCUGCAGUAGCACAGGAGCAGCCAGCUGAAACAGAUGCUCCUGCAGAUGGUGAGGCGACAGAGGAGGCCGAGGAACCUCCAACUGAUACUUCGGAUCAACCAAAAGACGCACCACCUGCUGCCGACGACUCCGCUCCACCCGCCGAGGAAAACAAUGAGUCUGUAGAAGCAGCUGCGGAGGGAGAUGCACCCGAGCCGACUGAGAAUACGGAAGCAUCUAUUGAAGCCGCUUCCGACGAGGCUCCCGCCGGGGACCCGGCUUCAGAAGAAGCACCUCCAGAGGAACCCUCAGCUGAAGGGUCGGCGACUGAAGCGACAGCCGCCGAAGGAGCCGCUGUUGCAGAAUCAGCUUCCGAGGAGCCAACCCCUGGAGAAGCGCCUGCCGAAGAAGGCGCCACCGAAGAAGCUGCCACAGAGGCAGAAGCUCCCGCGGAAGAAGCACCACCCCCUGAAGAAGCGCCGCCCGCUGAAGAAGCGCCGCCCGCUGAAGAAGCGCCGCCCGCUGAAGAAGCGCCGCCCGCUGAAGAAGCGCCGCCCGGUGAUGAAGCACCACCCGCCGAGGAAGAAGCUGCCGUCGAAGAUAUCCCGGCUGGGGAAAACGCUCCCACCGAGGAGGAAGCUGCCCCUGAAGACGCCCCCGCCGAGGAAGAAGCUGCUGAAGAACCAGCUGCCGACAAGGCAACUCCUGAAGAGGCGCCUGGAGAAGAGACUCCCACCGAAGAAUCACCCACCGCCAAUGAGCCGGUUGUCGAAGAGGCUCUUCCAGAAGAUGAGCCGUCCAAUGAAGUGGCCUCUGAAGAAGCCCCUACCAAAGAAGCUCCAGCUGAAGAGGAGCCUCCAAGCGAAGAAACCGCUCCGAAUGAUGCUGCACCUGCGGACGAAUCGGCUCCACCUGCAGAGGAUGCCCCAGCAGAGGAAGGAGCUUCACCUACAGAUGAUACUCCAGCACCACCGGAAGAAGCGCCUGCGGCCUCCGAAGACGCUCCCGCGAGCGACGAACCAGAAGUAGCCAGGGGUAUAGAGCCAGAAACCGAAUCAAUGCCGCCAGUCGCAGAGGCAGCUGCCGCCGCAGCUGUUGGCGCAGCAGCCGUGCUUGUGGCGAUGGAGGUGUCGAGGGACAAGAAAGAAAGGCGGAGGAAACACCAGGACGAGAAGCGAGAACGUCAUUUAAAGGACCCAUUGAAUGGGCACAGGGCGAAGCUUGAACGGGAGAGGGGUGAAGCUGGUCUCUUCGACAGUGCGAUUGCUCGAGAGAUUACCAAAAAGACUAAGGAGAAAGGACACAGCCGCCACGAGUCUGCCGAAUCCAAGGAGAAAGAACGCGAGAGAGACGAACAGAGAAGGGCCAGAAAAGAGCGACACGCUGCUAAAGAAGUAGCUGCCGGCAAAAGGCAGGAGGCAGAGGUAGCAGCAAGAAAGGAGGAGGAACGCAAAAGGCGCGAAGCAGCCGAAACUGCUGUUGAAGAAGAGAGGAAACGUAGGCGACGCCAGGAAAAGGAGAGGCAAAAGCUUGUUGAGAAUGCUCACCGCAAGACAGAAACGGUCCACGAAGACAGACGGAAAGGCAAAGAGAGAGACCUGACCCUCGAGUCACCUCACGACACCGCAACCGAUAUCCCCAGCGAACCGAAAAGGAAAGCUAGGCAACCAAGUUUUACUGGUUCCGGAAGUGGCGGCAGCUCCUCUGGAGGCACGGUUAUUCCUAGCAUCCUGAAGAGGAUGGGCACAGGUGAAAGCGAUACCAGGCCUCUUCUGAUGAUCAAGGUGAACGACCCCGACACUUCCAAGGACAAAUAUCGAGACAAGGAGCGAAGCCGCCACGGAGAGCAUCGCGAACACAGGUACCACAAAGAGCAGAGCAGCAAGCGUGAAGAUUCAGAGGAUCGACCACGGGCCUCUAGGCAUUCCAGCUCGAAAAGCGACAGAAGAUACCACAGCGAGUCAAAACCUACUUCGAAAAUGGGAUUUAUUGGCAAGGCUAUCAGCACGCUUGCAGAGCAUACGAGUGUGAGGGAGAUCUGGCGCCCAGAAAGAGUUGGUGCUUGA